UCCAAAGGGCACUCGGGAUUUUAGUCCUCAGCAGAUGACUAUCAGAGAAAAUGUGUUUGCUACAAUUAUUGAGUGCUUCAAGCGUCAUGGAGCCGAGACCAUUGACACACCCGUCUUUGAAUUAAAGGAAACCCUUACUGGAAAAUAUGGUGAAGAUUCUAAACUGAUUUAUGAUUUGGUUGACCAAGGAGGUGAAAUUCUAUCACUGCGUUAUGAUUUGACUGUACCAUUUGCUCGUUAUUUGGCCAUGAACAAAAUCACCAACAUAAAACGUUACCAAAUUGCUAAAGUUUAUCGGCGAGACCAACCUGCCAUGACGAAAGGGCGAUAUCGAGAAUUCUAUCAAUGUGAUAUUGAUAUUGCUGGUCAAUAUGAUUCAAUGAUCCCUGAUGCUGAGUGUGUGAAGAUGGUGUCUAGUAUCUUAACUGAACUCGAUAUUGGAAACUAUGAGAUCAAGGUGAAUCACCGCAAACUCUUAGAUGGCAUAUUUGCAGCAUGUGGUGUCCCAGAGAAAGAUUUCCGACCAAUUUGCUCUGCUGUUGACAAACUUGAUAAGAUGGAUUGGUGUGAUGUUCGUAAAGAAAUGACAGAUGAAAAAGGCCUUGCCCCAGAGACAGCUGAUAGAAUAUGGGAAUAUGUUAAAUUGAAAGGCAAAAUGGAACUUGUUGACCGAUUAAACAAUGAUAGUGUAUUGAUGGCACAAAAACCUGCUGCUGAAGGUGUUGCUGACAUGAAGUUGUUACUGAAGUACUGUGAUAUUUAUGGUUGUCUAGACAAGGUGUCUUUUGAUCUGAGCCUCGCAAGAGGACUAGAUUAUUACACUGGAUUGAUAUAUGAAGGUAUUCUCAAAGGUUACACCUGUAAAUCAGAUUCUGGAGAUUCAACAGAAUCCAUUGCUGUUGGCAGUGUUGCUGGUGGAGGACGAUAUGAUGGCCUUGUUGGAAUGUUCGACCCAAAAGGCAAGGAAGUACCUUGUGUUGGUGUCAGUAUUGGAAUAGAACGCAUUUUCGCCAUUAUGGAAGCUAAAGUUUUGAGUGAUAAUGCAAAGAUUCGAACGACCAGUACAGAGGUAUAUGUUAUUUCAGCUCAAAAGAACUUACUUGAGGAACGGAUGAAAAUUUGUUGUGAACUUUGGGAUGCUAAAAUCAAAACUGAGCAUUCCUACAAAAAGUCUCCAAAAUUGUUGGACCAAUUCCAGUAUUGUGAAAACAGUGGUAUUCCUUUGGCCAUUAUUAUUGGAGAAUCUGAAAUUGAGCAGGGUGUUGUCAAACUCCGUGUUAUUUCUACCAGAGAAGAGUGCACAAUUCCACGAGAAAGUUACAUCAAGGAAAUCAAAAAAGCACUGAAAGCUUAAAUUGAAUAAUUUAAUUCUAGUUUGCUGCAAGAUGUUUUGGGCCAAAUUUUAUUUACUUUACCAAUAAAUGAAACCAUUUGUAAA